CGUCUUUUUUCUUUCAAAGCGAAGACUCGUCUCCGACUCUCCCACUGAAAAGCCGACACACUUAACUAGCCUAAAUGUCAUUCUAGAGAGAGAAAGUGAGAGAGUUUAGAGAAAGAAAGCUUGGGACCUAGCUCUCAUUGCGGAAGGUGGUGCUCCGACCCGGGCUUUUGCAGCGUAGAAGGCGACCGCGGCGGCGUUGGAGAGAGUUCCGGCGGGAUCUGCGGUUGAGGGGGAUGGCGGAGGCGGGGGAGGGGAAGACCGGGAUGGGGGAGGGGGAGAAGAAGAGGCAGGAGCAGAGCGUGGCGUUCUACGAGUUGUUCACGUUCGCGGACCGCUACGAUCUGGCUCUUAUGGGGGCGGGGAGUCUCGGCGCGGUGGUCCACGGAUCGGCGAUGCCGGUUUUCUUCCUACUAUUCGGCGAUCUCGUCAACGGAUUCGGCAAGAACCAGGCGGAUCUCGGCACGAUGACCAACGAGGUCUCCAAGUAUGCUCUCUACUUCAUCUAUCUCGGGCUCGUUGUGUGCGUAUCCUCCUAUGCCGAGAUCGCGUGCUGGAUGUACACCGGAGAGAGGCAGGUGGGUACGUUUCGACGGCGAUACCUGGAAGCAGUUCUGAAGCAAGACGUCGGAUUCUUCGACACCGACGCCCGGACGGGGGACAUCGUCUUCAGCGUCUCCACCGACACCCUUCUGGUUCAGGACGCCAUUAGCGAGAAGGUCGGUAACUUUAUCCACUACCUGUCAACUUUCCUGGCCGGGCUCGUGGUGGGCUUCAUCUCCGCCUGGAGGCUAGCGCUCCUCAGCGUGGCUGUGAUCCCUGGCAUCGCCUUCGCCGGCGGCCUCUACGCCUACACUCUCACCGGCCUGACCUCCAAGGGCCGGGAAUCCUAUGCCAAUGCCGGUAUCAUCGCAGAGCAGGCAAUUGCACAAGUGCGAACUGUAUAUUCAUUUGUUGGAGAGAGCAAAGCCCUCAAUUCCUACUCAGAAGCAAUUCAGAACACGCUGAAGCUUGGGUACAAAGCAGGGAUGGCAAAAGGUUUGGGAAUUGGGUGUACAUAUGGGAUUGCAUGCAUGUCAUGGGCCUUGGUGUUCUGGUACGCCGGUGUCUUCAUCAGAAAUGGACAGACUGAUGGUGGAAAAGCUUUUACAGCCAUAUUUUCUGCCAUUGUUGGUGGGAUGAGUCUAGGCCAAGCAUUUUCAAAUCUUGGAGCCUUUAGCAAAGGGAAGAUUGCUGGAUACAAGCUGAUGGAGAUCAUUCGGCAGAGACCCUCUAUUAUUCAAGAUCCCUCCGAUGGGAAAUGUUUGCCUGAGGUCCAUGGAAACAUAGAGUUCAAAGAUGUUACUUUUAGCUACCCAUCAAGACCUGAUGUCAUUAUUUUCCGAGAUUUCUCGCUUUUCUUUCCUGCUGGGAAGACAGCUGCAGUUGUCGGAGGUAGUGGGUCUGGAAAGAGUACUGUUGUGGCUCUGAUUGAAAGGUUCUACGAUCCUAACCAGGGGCAGGUUCUGCUGGAUAAUGUGGAUAUAAAGACAUUACAACUGAAAUGGUUGAGAGAUCAAAUUGGUUUGGUGAACCAAGAACCUGCACUUUUUGCAACAACAAUACUUGAGAACAUACUCUAUGGAAAGCCUGAUGCCACAAUUGCUGAAGUUGAAGCUGCUGCAUCGGCAGCUAAUGCUCAUAGCUUCAUUUCUCUGCUUCCGAAUGGCUACAACACCCAGGCAGGAGAACGAGGAGUACAGCUAUCCGGUGGCCAGAAACAGCGAAUUGCUAUUGCUCGUGCCAUGCUAAAGAACCCCAAGAUCCUCCUCCUUGAUGAAGCCACCAGCGCCCUGGAUUUAGGUUCUGAGAGCAUCGUUCAAGAAGCCCUGGACCGCCUCAUGGUUGGGAGAACAACUGUAGUUGUUGCACACCGGCUCUCCACUAUAAAGAACGUUGAUAUGAUAGCUGUGAUGCAGCAAGGUCAAGUUGUUGAGACUGGGACCCAUGAAGAGCUUCUUGCAAAGGGAAGCUCAGGAGCUUAUGCCUCUCUUAUUCGGUUCCAGGAGAUGGCAAGAAACAGGGACUUUGGUGCCCCAUCCACUCGCAGAUCCCGAUCUUCACGCCUGAGCCAUUCACUUUCCACUAAAUCUCUAAGUCUUCGGUCUGGAAGUUUGAGAAACUUGAGCUAUCAGUACAGCACUGGAGCAGAUGGCCGAAUAGAGAUGGUUUCUAAUGCAGAUAAUGAUCGCAAGUAUCCGGCACCACGCGGUUACUUUUUUAAGCUCCUGAAGCUAAAUGCACCAGAGUGGCCUUACAGUAUCUUGGGUGCCAUUGGAUCUGUACUCUCUGGUUUCAUAGGCCCAACAUUUGCAAUCGUGAUGAGCAAUAUGAUUGAAGUGUUCUACUAUAGGGACCCAAAUGCAAUGGAGAGAAAGACAAGAGAGUAUGUGUUCAUAUACAUCGGCACUGGGCUUUAUGCUGUUGUUGCUUAUCUGGUACAGCAUUACUUCUUCAGCAUCAUGGGGGAAAAUCUCACCACCAGGGUGAGGAGAAUGAUGCUUGCGGCAAUUCUAAGGAACGAAGUGGGCUGGUUUGACGAGGAUGAGAACAAUUCCAGCCUUCUAGCCGCCCGACUGGCUACAGAUGCAGCUGACGUGAAAUCUGCGAUCGCCGAGAGGAUCUCCGUGAUCCUGCAGAACAUGACUUCUCUCCUUACAUCCUUCAUAGUUGGUUUCAUUGUUGAAUGGCGUGUUGCUCUCCUCAUUCUUGCCACCUUUCCUCUUCUCGUCCUCGCCAACUUUGCACAGCAACUCUCACUGAAGGGGUUUGCAGGGGACACGGCAAAAGCCCAUGCGAAGACAAGCAUGAUUGCUGGGGAGGGUGUGAGCAACAUCCGCACCGUGGCAGCCUUCAACGCACAAGAUAAGAUCCUCUCGCUCUUUCACCAUGAGCUUCGAGUUCCCCAGCGUCGCAGUCUCCGUCGGAGCCAGACAUCUGGCCUUCUUUUCGGCCUGUCCCAGCUUUCCCUCUAUUCCUCGGAGGCUCUUGUCCUCUGGUAUGGUGCUCAUCUUGUCCGCUCUGGUGCUUCCACCUUCUCCAAGGUCAUCAAGGUCUUUGUUGUCCUUGUCAUCACUGCCAACUCUGUCGCUGAGACUGUCAGCCUUGCACCAGAGAUCAUCCGAGGUGGUGAAUCCAUUCGCUCCAUCUUCUCUAUUCUCAACCGAGGAACCCGCAUUGACCCUGAUGAUCCUGAAGCUGAGCCUAUCGACUCCAUUCGAGGCGAGAUCGAGCUGAGGCAUGUCGAUUUUGCUUAUCCAUCUCGGCCCGACGUGCCCAUUUUCAAGGACUUCAACCUAAGAAUCCGUGCUGGCCAGAGCCAAGCUCUUGUUGGGGCCAGCGGAUCUGGGAAGAGUACUGUCAUUGGCCUUAUCGAGCGGUUCUAUGAUCCCACUGCAGGGAAGGUCAUGGUAGAUGGCAAAGAUAUCCGGAGGCUGAACUUGAAGUCCUUGAGACUCAAAAUUGGACUUGUACAGCAGGAGCCUGUGCUCUUCGCUGCAAGCAUUUUUGAGAACAUUGCCUAUGGAAAGGACAGGGCGACCGAGGAGGAGGUGAUUGAGGCGGCACGGGCUGCCAAUGUGCAUGGAUUUGUGAGUGUACUGCCUGAGGGGUACAAGACGGCGGUGGGUGAGAGAGGGGUGCAGCUAUCCGGUGGGCAGAAACAGAGGAUUGCAAUCGCAAGGGCGGUGCUCAAAAAUCCAGCGGUGCUGCUUUUGGACGAGGCGACGAGCGCAUUGGAUGCAGAGUCAGAAUGUGUUCUGCAGGAGGCUCUGGAGCGGUUGAUGAGAGGGCGGACCACCGUCCUAGUGGCGCACCGCCUCUCCACAAUUCGAGGGGUGGACUCCAUUGCAGUGGUGCAGGAUGGGCGUAUUGUGGAGCAGGGGAGCCACACGGAGCUGGUGACCCGGGCUGAUGGGGCAUACUCCCGGCUGUUGCAGCUGCAGCACCAUCAUGUCUGAUAGAAUGUAAUGUCACCAUGCUGCACCUUCCUUCCAGUUGGGCCUCCCUACCCUCAUGGUUUUGAGAUGAUAUGACAUUUGGUUUUGGGUGUUCUUUUGAAGAUUUGUGGAUGUAGAUAUGAGUGAGGGGCUUAGCUUCUAUCUUGUCUUGAUAUUUAAGAGGAGGGGGUAAGUGUUGGAUAUUGUUAUUAUCAUAAUUCUCGUAAGGACUUAAUUUAAACUGUUUUCUCCGUCUUGGAACGAUCAAUUAGUAAUAGUGAAAAAAAAAUCGGCCUCGAGUUAUCGUUA